AAAACAAGAGAGAAUAUUAGGUGGUAGAGAGACGAAGGAGAGGCAGAAUUAACUAGGACGACUUCGCGACUCGAUCAUCACCUGUCUUCUUACACUUACCCAACAAUAAACUUCUCAUUCUCGUUUUUAUUAAAGUAAAUCCAUCGUUCUUGGGUCUUCCAGGACAGGCUGCAAGCUCGUAGCGCAAGCAGAUUCGGCCAUGCCUCCUCCGCGCUCGACAACUGGUCGUGUAAGACCAACUACGAUAAGCGUGCCGUCAUCACCAAAAAGUGAUGCCGUGGGAGCUCCACCAAAAAAGAAUGCACCAGGAGGGGUGUCUCGGUCUCCAGCAGCUACUGCCAGACAGGGUCAGUCGCGAAGUCCAGGCAGGUCACUCGCAUCACCGAAACGAGCGAAAGUCGUCUCCCCGCACGGACGCCGCGGCAAGCGAUCUCCAUCGCCGAGAAGCAAAAGUAUUUGUUGACGAGACCUUCUACUUCUUACAGCUCCCACAUUCUAAGUAUAAUAUCUUUGAUUGAGUGUCAAGAAUUCGAAUUGAUCACGGGGAUCAUUCGAUAAAUAAAUAUAGAUACGAUCAUGCCUUUUCUUGCACAUGCAUCACUAUCAUGGCCAAAUCAGUACUCCAAAAGCGCUCAGAUGAAGUGAAAACACCAACACGAACACUAACUCAAGGUGCUGGUGGGAAUCGGAGAGGUGUGGUUUCUUCUCCGGGUGGAGGGAGUCAAAAUCGAAAAUCCCCGAAGAAUGGACGGUCUCCGAAGAAUGGAAGAUCACCUAAGAAUGCGCGCUUAAAGGGUGCCCGUAGGAUGGCUUCACCAAAGGGCAGCAGUCGCUCACCGACGGAGCGACGACAAGAAGUCGCGGACCGUCGCGAAUUCAUCCUGGCGGGGGGUGGUGCUCUAAGACUCGACAAUGUAAAGCUGGCAAACCUAGCGGAGAUACAAAUCGCUAAGCUCGAAUCGGAAAGUACUUCAUAAUGCAUAGGCUAGGUUCUAGCGUUUUUUUGUGUCACUUCUCCUUCUGUUCGCCAUGAUGCCAUAAUUUCACUAGGAUUUUACUAUGAUUUCAAUUUCACUAGCCUGUGGUCCCCUAAGUACUUGGUGGUAUAUUGUUUUUGCGGAGAAGAUAAUGCGUCAUGCGCACAAACAAGAUGAAUGGUGAAAAAUGCGUGAAAAUGUUUAAAGAAACACCCUUUACUACAACGCGCAUCACGAUAGUCGAGCGUCAGCGGGCACUUAUAACAUCGCUGACGGACGAUGUCGAAAAGGGGAAGCGUGAGCUCGCAGACAGCGAAGCGAGGGCGAGACAAACUGCGGUGUACUAUGAAGAGCAGAUUGCCCUGCGAAGGUUAUGAUUCUUGUACUAGAAAGCGACUAGUAGCACGAGAAGUUGGAAGCGUUCGAGUUCUUGGUGCUGUCCAUCUUCACGAUUUUCUCUAAAUCAUGGUUUCUUGCUUGCUGCACUUCCACGAAAAAUGGAUCACAAGAAUGAACUGCACUACAUUCAAUAGUCAUAGAGGGUCAACAUUCAUCAGUUGAAGAUAUUUUUCAGUUGUACUUGCAUGUAUGAAAAGUUGUAAAGUUCGAAAGAAUCUUGAGCAAUUUUACAUUUCUUUCACGUAUUGUAUCGAGGACUGAAUCUUUUUCGGUGCAGAAAUGUUUAGAUAAACAGAUCACGAAUCUUCAAUGUGAGCUGUCAAAAAUGUUGUUCGGGAGAAUGUAGUAGUAUCUCCGCAUAACUCAUCAUUUAUCAUAUGCAAUAUUAUAAAUUGUACUAAGUUCUUGUAACUAAUAAAAAGUUAGAUACCCCGCUAGCCUUAGCUACUGGGCACGGCGCUUGGAACUUGUUCCAACUGCUGUUUUCAUCAUCAAUAAUUGAACAAGCACGAGAGAUGAGCGAACAUUAAAAAAUUAAGCUUGUUAGUAAGG